GGUGCAAACUUGAGCCAGACAAGCAAGGAGUGAACAACUCAUUCCACUACUACUCCUGAGAAAACAGCAGAACUCAGUGACAAAAAGAUUUUAAGAGGAUUCUUCAUUUUUUUUUCAUUCAAAAUGAUAAUCUACAUUCAAGCCUGGAUUGAGAUCUUGGACUAAUGAAGACAAGUGAAAGAAAAGAAGAAAUAGAAAUUGAAGUAUCAGACCUCAUUUGAACACACAGGAUCAUUUUUGGGGACUGCUUCUUUGGAAUUGUACAGUUUGGUAUUAUAUUUGUUCUUCCCAUAUUCUUCAGUUGAUCUGGCCAUGGUAAUGUAUUUAUUAAUUACUGAAGAAUUUGAAGUUUGAGGGAAGGCACUAUUCUUUAAUGCUCUGGGUGAACGGCUUUUACAAAAACUUAUUAAGGAACCAAGUCUCUGAACCGGUGUGAAAAUGCCUUUUUUACAAGGGAGUGAAAGUUGAAAAGGAAAAUUUACAACAGUACUCCCACAGGAAUUUGGCCUGGAUCACACUUUUAACCUUGGAAGGACCACGAUGAAAUCUUUCCAUUUCUUCUUCUGGCAUUCUUGCCUGAUAUUUUUAAAUUGCAAUGAUCAGGUGGACGGAAACUAUUCACAGUUACGGGAGCAUCCAGGGUUCCAGGUGUUAGCCUCUGCUUCCCAUUACUGGCCAUUGGAAAAAGUGGACGGGAUUCAUGAACUUCAGGAUACAGCCGGAGACAUUAUAGAAGGAACGGUCAACAAAGGCAUUUUCUUCAGAGAGAAAAAAGGAGUCACAUUUCUCUAUUUUGGAAGCCACAAAAAUUCCUGCAUUAGCAAUCCAAUGCAGUGUGGACCUGAAGGAGUUACAUUUUCAUUCUUCUGGAAGACCCAGAGGGAGCAGCCCAGAUUAGUGCCUUCAGCGUAUAGAGGGCAGGUCUUCUCCAAUGGAUUCAAAGUCUGCUCCAGUGAAGGCAAAGGGUCCGUGGAGUUUUACACCCGGGGCAACUCGAUGAAAUGGGAAGCCAGCUUCAGCCCACCAGGCCCUUACUGGACUCACGUUCUGUUCACGUGGCAAUCCAAAGAAGGCUUGAAAGUCUACGUCAAUGGCACGCUGAACACCACGGACCCGGAUGGGAAAGUCUCUCACAAUUAUGGAGAACCCAACGUCAACCUCGUGAUCGAGCCUGAAGGGCCUCAGUCCAGGCACUACGAGAAUGGGGCCUUUGAUGAGUUCAUCAUCUGGGAGAGGGCACUCACCCCUAGUGAGAUUGAGAUGUACUUCACAGCUGCCAUUGGUAAACAAGUUUUAUUUUCUACAACACCUUCGUGGUUCUCCAUGACAAGCCCAACAAAUGCAAUGAGACCCACUGAUGCCUAUUAUCCCAUCAUAACCAACCUGACUGAGGAGAGAGAGAACUUCCAGUAUCCAGCUACCACGAUGGUCUACCUUAAGAAUGUGUCACUCAGUUUACCCAAUCAGUCCCUUUCGGAAGUCACUGCCUUCAACCUUACUGAGACUUUCUUCAAAACUGUUGAAGUUCUUCUGCUGCCCAAUUGGGUUGCUGUAACUGAGCAGACCUCUGUGUUGAUCGAUUUGAUUGAAACAAUUGAUGUGGUGAUGGGGCAUAUAUCUUACAAUCUGAAAGCAAACACUGAAUUUGUUUCCAUUGAGGGAUCUUCUACAGUAGCAGAUUACUCACUGGUCAAAGUGCCUCCUGAGAAGAUGAGUUUUCCUCACUACCGCUUUCCAUCUCAGGGACAGAGUUACAUUGAAAUUCCCCUGGAGGCUUUUCACAGUAAAGCUUGGACAACCAUUAUUGGCCUUCUCUACCACAGGGUGCACUAUUACUUCAACAAUAUCAGACCGACAAGCACAAAGAUUGCCGAGGCAGUGCAUUACAAAGACUACUGGAUGUCUGUAACCAGUUACCUGAUUUCCCUGAAAGUAGAACCUCCACCAAACUUGUCUCCGAAUUUAUCCGGCUCUCCUCUUAUUACCAUCCAUCUCACGCAUAAAUUGACUGCCCGGCAACACAGUCAAGCAACAAAUAAAAGCAACAGAGUGUUCCUUUACUGUGCCUUUCUGGACUUCAGUUCGGGAGAAGGCGUGUGGUCGAAUGAAGGCUGUGUGCUUUCCAGGGGGAAUCUCAGCUACUCAAUCUGCCACUGUAACCACCUCACCAACUUCGCCAUCCUAAUGCAAGUGGUACCUCUGGAGCUCUCGCACGGACACCAGGUGGCGCUGUCAUCCAUCAGUUACGUCGGCUGCUCCCUGUCCAUCUUCUGCCUGACAAUCACCCUGGUCACGUUUGCUAUUCUGUCCUCUGUCAGCACCAUCCGGAACCAACGCUACCACAUUCAUGCCAACCUAUCCUUUGCCAUCCUGGUGGCCCAGAUCUUGCUCCUCAUCAGCUUUCAAUUUGACCCGGGAACAAUUCCUUGCAAAAUCCUGGCUGUUCUCCUGCACUUCUUCUUUCUGAGUGCUUUUGCAUGGAUGCUAGUGGAAGGAUUGCAUCUGUACAGUAUGGUGAUCAAGGUGUUCGGAUCAGAAGAGAGCAAGCACCUCUACUACUAUGGGAUAGGAUGGGGCUCCCCUCUACUCAUCUGCAUUAUCUCUGUAUCUUCAGCCAUGGACAGUUAUGGGGAAAGUGACAAUUGCUGGCUUUCCUUGGAGAAUGGAGCAAUCUGGGCCUUUGUGGCCCCUGCCCUGUUUGUGAUUGUGGUGAACAUUGGCAUUCUUGUUGCUGUAACCAGGGUCAUCUCCAGAAUAAGUGCAGACAACUAUAAAGUGCACGGAGAAGCCAAUGCUUUCAAGUUGACAGCGAAAGCAGUGGCUGUUUUGUUGCCAAUCUUGGGCAGUUCAUGGAUCUUCGGUGUGCUGGCUGUCAACGACCACGCCAUAGUGUUCCAGUACAUGUUUGCAAUUUUUAACUCCUUGCAAGGCUUUUUCAUGUUUCUCUUUCACUGUCUCCUGAAUUCUGAGGUGAGAGCUGCCUUCAAGCAUAAAACCAAGGUGUGGUCCCUCACCAGCAGUUCCAUCCGCAACGUCAACGUGAAACCUUUCAAUUCAGACAUUAUGAAUGGAAACAGGCCUGGUACAGCUCCCACAAAGCUGAACACGUGGGACAAGAGCACUAAUUCCGCCAACAGGAUCGACUUAUCAGCCGUGUGACGUGAGAUCGGCCUUCCUUCUCCCUGCAGAGUAGGCCAUACCGUGGGGUCUCCCGUCCCCUAGAGACACCUCCAAAUAGUCUCAUCAUCAUUUCCAGAAUGACUCACUCUUUCCAUCACAGGCUGGGAAAUGGGAAAUUGCUGCAUUGCUUGUUGGGUAAUUCGAUCAAUCCUCAUAUGCUAACUUUCUCAUGUGCGACAGAAUCCACCCCUUGGCCAAGAGCAAUUCCUGCAGAGUAACUAUAAACCGAUUAUACACUGGAUGUCUGGUUUGAUGAUGAGAACUCUAGGUUCAUGGAAAGCAGGCUAUUGCUGCCUAACUCAUUCCCGAUUUGCCAAUUUGACGGUGGUGUGGUCCAUUUCAUCCUGAAAAAUAAGAUCCAAUAGAAAUGAAAAGUGGGCUACGGUGAUUCGACUGUGGAACUAUUCUUGUUUUGAUGUUCAUUCUUAGUUUGCUCCUGAAUAAUUCACUUAUUCCAGGGCAAGUACACAGAAUACUGAAAAUAGAAAAAAGAAAAGAAAUCCAUAUGAAUCUUUUGAGAAAGCUAUACUUAGCCUUUCAUCCUACUUCAGAGAUUCAAAACCAGGGAAGCUGAUGUUCUGGUAGUGCUGUGUGAUACUUAACACACACACAUAUUCCUACGCAAACACACCCAGUAUCCAACUCAGGUAGAUAUUGGGUGUAUAUGAGGUUAUGUAUAUAUGAAAUUACAUAAAUGCGCAUGCACACACACACACUGAAUGCAGUAUUUAUACAUUUUUAAAUGUGUAAAUCUUCACAGAUUGUACAAAAUCAAAGCAUCUUUUUUACAAGAUAAUGCAGAAGGCUUCUGCUGCUCUGGGUAAACUAAUGCAACUUACCUAAUUGUCCAUGAUGUUUGUCUGUUGACAGGUUGCUGUUCUUGGAGUUAUGUUAGUCCUUCAGCUAAAGUCACCAAGCACUGUUCACCCACUGAAUUAUUCUGUACUUCUGGCAAGCUGAUCAACUGAGUAGAGGAUGGGGAAGGGGGGUUUCCAUUAUAGAUUGGAAUAAACCAAUCAAUCCCAAAUAGCAAAAGUCAUCAGAUACUAUGAACACAGUAAGACUGCAUCUAAGCCUGUGUGUGUUCCAAAGUCUAUUUUCUUAAAUACAGUCAUCCACCUUCAACAGCUUUUUUCAAAUGAUGCAGCCUCUUAGUUGAAAAAUAAAUCCAGAUCACAUUCUUCCUGAAUAUGACAGGACUCUUCAGUGGGCCAUCACCACUAAAGCUGUUUUGUAAUCCUCAUUUUCAAAGUGUAUUAUUCUCCACCCUCAUUUAGGGUUCAUAGCUCACCCAUUCAUUGAUAGGUUUUCUAAUGAGUAAUAAUAAUGGGCACAAUAUUAGCCAGUGUUAACAGUGGGGAAAAAAAUCCUCCUAAGUGGCACACUGUUUCCAAAUGGUUAACAAACCAUUAAGCUCAUUGUUUUGAGAUAGUCUGUUGUUUUUGUUGUUGUUUGUCUGAGAACCAGGGAUGAAGGCAAAGUAUAGUAUGAAAACCAAAGUAUCGUCUGCUAUUAACCUUAAUUUAUGGACUCUAAGCCCUUUAAGAAAUGGAAUCUUUGUUCUAAUUGUGUAUGUAAGGCAGGCUGUUGUAACCAGGUGGGUGUUCGAUCUAGUAAUGGGAUCAGAGAACUUUCAGGAUGCUUGGACACAGGAUGUAAGAUAACCAUACUGUGAUGAGUUCAGUGUGUUAGUGAAGAGUGGGGGCAAAAUAUUUAAACUUAUUUUUGAUACUGGAGCAAGUUAGCUUUAAAACUGUGACCAUGGAUAUGGAUUUAGACCCUUUCACUGCUCAUGUCUAUUGGCUCUAGUGUAAGACGAGGGACUUGAAACUGAUAAGUUUGAGUCAUUAAAUAGAUUACACUCCUAGAAUUGGGACUCGUGGUUUUGUGGGUUUUUUUUUUCCCUUGUUGUUCUGUCACCUCAAAUAUGUGGAAUUUUGAGCCAAGAUGUUGAGUGUCAAGGGCCAUCAUCAAAACUCAAAUCUGAGAAAUAACAUAUUGUUAUUGAGGGGUUAAAUCUCUUUUGUCUAUCCAGGAGUGAUUUUUAGGUGGUCCCCAAAUUGUAUCAGUAAACACACUGAUUGGUGAAAAUAUUAUUUGUUACUCUUUACAAUCUGAGACAAGUGUAUUAUAGGACAAAUGUGGUUUUCCCAUAUAUGAGAACUAUUGUAGAUAGCUCUAGUUUAUUCAGUAAGCAAUUAGAUAUUGUACAGACUAUGUUCUGUACUUAAAAUCUGCAGUUUGAAAAUUGAAUUACUUGUAAUAUUGUAUGUUACAUUUGUGUGAAUUUAGCAAUUAUAUCACUAUUAAGAACUUUGAUAUUUGGGAUUUUGACUUCUUUAAUUUCUGAUAAAUCAGUAAUAAGAACAUGUUCUUUGUUUCAGAUUGAUUUGUUCCUCAUUUCCAAACCUGUAUUCUUCUAAAUCUUCCAGAGUCCAGCAAAUGCAUUGAAAGAUAAAUAUGCAAUAGACCCUUUCUAAACUUUCCUGUCUAAUUUUUUUAAGGUAAAAUAAUGCAAUUUAUUUAUAGGCUUGUAUAUUUCUGCUUCUGCAACAUUUCAUCAGGACCGAAGAAUUCUGAAAAAGACAAAUCUUAAGGAAAUCUUAAUAGAAUGAGACGUUAGUUUAUGAGAUUAUCACAGAUGAUAAUGAAUGCCAAUAACCAAUAAAAUGUUGAAGUGUUU